AUGGUAUCAACGGUUAAAGAACGGGUGGCUUUCGUCACACUGGAUCGUCCCGAGUUGAGAAAUGCGAUAUCAAGACAGAUGCGCUCUGAACUUCUCGAGGAAUUUAGCCGCUUUGGCGCUGAUGCCAACAUCCGAGUUGUCGUCGUGUCAGGACGACCCCCUGCUUUUUGUUCUGGCGCUGACCUGGGUGAGGCUGACCUGAUUCCGGCGAAGAAGCUACUAAUGGAUGAGUACCUGCCAAUCUUUCAGCAAAUCAUCGCCAUGGACAAACCGGUCAUAGCGGCGGUUUCCGGUGCCGCAGCGGGUAUCGGAAUGUCGCUGGCUCUCGCCUGCGAUCUGAUGAUAAUGACUGAGGAUGCCUAUCUUUGGGCACCGUUCACGAAGUUGGGCCUUGUCCCGGACGGCGGUCUGUCCUGGCUGCUCACUCAGCACCUCGGAUACCGUCGCGCGUACGCCAUAGCGAUGCAGGGUGAACGAAUACCGGCCCCCCGUGCGCUUGAGCUUGGACUCACGCACAGGGUGGUCGCAUAUAAGGAUCUGCUGUCGAACGCUGCUGACUGGGCACGCGAAUUAGCCGCUGGCUCACAACUCGCUCAAAGCCAUGUCAAGAAGCUAGUCCGUUGGUCCGUGGGAAGUAGCUUUGAAGACGUAUUUGCGGCCGAAGCAGUCGCUCAGAAUGAGUGUGAGGAAAGCGAAUUCUUCAUCCAAGCGCGCACUACUUUCCUAGGAGGCCAAUCGCGUUAA